GGUAGAUAGCUGAAAUAAGUCAGCGUCAAGAUGUUCAUAGACCAAUUUGAGAUUUCCGUUGCUCUACAAAAUAAAAGCAUAAUAUCAAACCAUUCCUGUUUUGACCACAAAAUGCUUCAAAGCGUUAACGCAAAGCUGGGAACUAUGUAAACGCAACGCAAAUUGUAUGCUUAUCUAAAGGUUAUAUCUUCUGGUCCAGUCCAGAUACGACGUGUAUCAUUUUCACUUUUUUUUUUUUUUUUUUUUGAACAACUGGAAAUCUCUAACAAGACAGCAAGAUUGUUUUUGUCGCUCAGGGGAACCAACCAGAGUUCAUGUCGCUAGCUUAGCUAUCCCAGCCUGCUAGCGAGUGAUUUGCCAGCAUGCUAAUGGGGACAGUUUAACCGCAGCACACUGCAGUGAGUCUCUCCUGUCUUGAGUCCGUAGAGGUUCCAGCCGAGCUGAAGUCCGCCGAGCCAUGCGACAGUGGUCUGUCCCCACUGCGACCCCUCGCGCUGAGCCACUCCCGGGGUGCCUGUCCGUGUCACCCCCUCCAUCGGACCCCAGGAUGGAGGCGUGCGAGGUGGAGCCGCGCUACACCAUCGAGCAGAUCGACCUCCUGCAGCGCCUGCGCCUCUCCGGCAUGACCAAACCCCAAAUCCUCCACGCCCUGGAGUCCCUGGAGAGGCUGGACCCGGAGCACCGCCCGCCGCCGCCGCUCCCUCUGCCGCCACGGUGCGACUCACACCCGGCCCCGCCCAGCAACGCCGUGCCUGCCGCCGCCGCCGCCACCGCCCCAUCUUCGUCGUCCUCCUCGUCGUCGUCCUCACUCUCCCUGGCCUCGGCGACCACCCAAACCUCGGGCCUCGAGGGCGCGGCGCUGUCGCCCAGCAACAGCUACGAGGCUUCGCCGCCGCCCCUGUUCCCCCCCAGCGUGGUGGUGCAGCGGGCGUUCAGCUACGACAUGAUGGGCGAGGAGGAGUGGGACCUGGAGGAGAAGGUAGAAGAGUACAUGAGAAGAGACAGCAACCUGGUGAAAGAGGAGAUCAAGACGUUCCUGAACAACCGGCGGAUCUCUCAGGCCAUCGUAGGCCAGGUCACAGGCAUCAGCCAGAGCUACAUCUCCCAGUGGCUGCUGCAGCAAGGCCUGGAGAUGAGCGACUCCAAGCGCAGAGCCUUCUACCGCUGGUACCUGCUGGAGAGGAACAACCCAGGCCUGAGGUGGAGUGAAAGCCAGCACAGCGUGAGUCCCAGGGCCAGGGCAGGGGACAGAGAUGGGACGGUAGCAGGGGCGAGCGGCACCCCCCCCAACAUCUUCCCCAACCCCAACACCAACCUGAUGCCCAACCACAACCCGUCCUGGAGCAGGCAGAGACAGCUGCUGGUGCACCUGCUGCCGUGGUACACAGCCGUGGCUGCCGCCCAGCCAGGUGCGACCUUGUCGAUGCGCUCUUUGGUGAAGGAGGAACCCGACUGGAGAACGGGUAUCAUCGCCAGCGACAGAGCGGGGAUUGUAGGCGGUCCUCUGAGGCUGCGCAGAGGGAGCAGGUUCACCUGGAGGAAGGAGUGCCAGUCCAUCAUGGAGAGCUUCUUCAUGGAGAAUCAGUACCCAGAUGAGGCGAAGCGGGAGGAGAUCGCCAGCGCCUGUAAUUCUGUCAUCCAGAAACCAGGCUGCAAACUGUCAGAGUUUGAGCGGGUGACGGCGUUGAAGGUGUACAACUGGUUCGCCAACCGUCGGAAGGAGAUGAAGAGAAGAGCAAACAUAGAAGCCGCCAUCUUGGAAAGCCAUGGGAUCGAGGUGCCAAGUCCGAGCUGCCACUCAAACGGCGAAGAGGGAGAGCUGCAAGAGUUUGUAGAUCAGGUGACUCAUCGGUUCUCAGAGCAGGAGGACGCCACUUCCCAGAAAAUUGUUGACCAACAAGAUGGCUCCUCGCUGAUCACCGGGGAGGCGGCGGCAGCGGCCCCGCUGAGCCCCGGCCCUCAGGGGGCGGAACAGAAGGACGUGGAUUCAAAAAGGGAGUCGGUGGACGAGGAGUGACUAAACCCAGCCAGACUUUCAAUCGCCAUGUCUGAAUUUGAUUCAGUCUGAAAUAGAACAGUAAAAUGCCUCCUGCUCCACCCGGGGGUGGAACCUUCUGGGCCAACGGAAGGAUGGGGGUGGGGGUUGGUUGAAGCCCUCUGAGGUGCCUCAGGAGAGGAGGCCACUGCAUUUAUCAACAGUAAUCCUGCUUAUAAUAAUGGCAAUAUACAGUCUACUUAUAGGUAUAUAAGGUCUAUGGUAUAUAUAUCAAUAUAUAGUGCAUUCCAUGAUGGUAUCAAAAUGCCUAAAUCCUGUGAGGGGAGCAUUAUGUAAAGGACGCCUCACCAUUUCAACAUAAGCUGUUAUUCCUGUUUUUCUUUUGCUACAUGUUUGGUUUACUCCAGCGUGCGGCUGCUGAGUGGAACAAGCUGAGCCUGCAGGUCAGGUUUUGAUUGGCUGUUGUAGAGAAUGCGGCUUCUGUCUUUUGAUGAAACGGAAAAGACAAAAAAAAAAAAAAAAAACGCCGUCUUGUUGUUGCUGGGAUGUCUUUGCUUGAUCAAUCAGCACGAGGUGUCGACACUAAAUCUGUACAACCCGGAGGGAUAACUGGCAUCUCAGGUAAUCCCAAAGUGACAAAUUGCACCACCUUUCCUUUUAUUCUGUUUUUUUUUUCUUCAAAAUUGUGUUUAAAGAAAACGGUGUGUUUGUUCAAAAUACCUCUUUUAAACUUCUUACUUCCAACUUUGUUGAGAGUGGGAGAGCCUUUAAGGUAAGAAUUUACACAUUUUCAUGGAAAACACAGGCUGCUGUUUCAGUAAUGCUAGCGAACUUACCGCUAACAUAAGAUGCUACAGGUAGUUUAGAAAGGUAAACUUUGGAAUAAUUCCACCUUCACACAGUGACGGAAUACAUAUGUCUGUAAUUUAAUGGGCUUCAAAGCCGGUUUGAAAUGGGCCACAGAAUCCUGAUCGGUGCAUCUCUAGACCUUCGCCUACAACGGAAUGGUUUUUUUUGUCGUUUUUUUUUUUUGUUAAACUCAUUUGUGCUGUUUAAUCUCAUUGCAGAGUCUAGCCAAAGAGGCUAGCUUGGUUACAUAAUAAUAUGUAAUCGUACUUAUUUUGAUGUAUCAACAUCAAAUGUAUAUCGUAUAUCAUAUGUAUAUCGUUUCAGAAACGCUAAAACUCGCUUGUUGCUUCUCCAGGAAGGCUUCAGGCACCUUUUCCUCUCUUACUGGGAUAAGCUAAAGCUUCUAAGCUCCUGUACGUUUUGUGCAAAGCUGCACUUCAAAGUGAACCUCACUCUAACUAAUCCCUCAAAACCUCACUGGGGGUGUGUAUUCUUUUAGUUAUACUUUCAUAUUUCCAUACCCAAGGCUGCAGGAGUCGAAUCUAAUUGUUCAUAUAAUGAACCACCAAUACUUCAUUGUCAAAGGAAGCCACCAUUGUUGCCUCCUAAUGCCAAAGCUAUGCCAGAUAGAGCUGAUCUACAGAUGCCCAGAGCAGAGAGUAGGUUUAUUUGCUCCGUUCAACACUAGCCACCUCAAGCUUACCUCAGAAUGAAUGUUUCUAGGAGUGAUUUCCUGGCUGACAGCAGCCGGUGAAUGGGACUGUUUCUCUUCUGAACGGUGUUGUCAUGUAGCAUUUACGGCAUUGGGCUUCGUCCUGUGUUCUCAGUGUCCAGUCACCUCCUCAGACAGUUCUGCUGUCCAGCUUUGGACAGGAAUCCCCCAAAGCUGCAGCGUUUUCUUAUUGCUGCGCUCCUCUGCAUAAGCUUUUAUCUAAUGAGGGAAGACGAUAAUAAAAGUGUACACAAUCUU